AUGAUUAUUCAGAAACAAAAAAGGUGCUCUAUCGGUUGUCCGAAAUUAGAGGAAUCAAUUUCCUCUAAUGAACGCUCAACGUCGCAUGAAGAAUUAUCAUCAGCAGAAUUCGACCCAACUCCGAUGUUGCCGGUUCCAAGCUCGGAUGAGAAAGGAGUAGGGUUGGAGACCGUGAGAAGUCUCCGUAAAAUUCAGCCACCUGCCACUCAUGGUAUUGACGCCAUCGAAAACUAUACAGGCUCGGUCGUCGCUCCGGUUACCAAGGGCGGCGAAGGCUAUUGGGGGAUUCAGGCAGACUACGAAAAGUCGGCAAUCAGAACCUGCUCAUUGUCCUCUGCCAGCCGGGUACGUAGCAGCACAACAACGGCUGACGAAGACCGACUGAACGACGGCGAAGAUACCAGUCAGCAACGGAGUCGCUACCCGUAA